AUGACCUCGACCACAGCUAGGACCAUGAGGGAGGAAGCCACCUGCCCCAUCUGCCUGGACCUGAUAACUGAGCCAGUGAUGAUAAACUGUGGGCACUUCUACUGCCAUUCUUGCAUAUUAGAAAAUCUUGAGAUACAGCAACAGGAGUCACCAUCACAGGGAAAUGUCCGUUGUCCUGUAUGUAGGGCACAGUUUCAAAGGGAGAGCAUCCGGCCUAGUAAGCUACUAGGAAACCUCAUUGACACCAUUAAGAAGAUGGAGCAGGAACAUUUGUGUGAGGACCACGGAGAGAAGCUCUGCCUGUUUUGUGAAGAUGAUGGUCAGCUCAUCUGCUGGCGCUGUGAGCGGACACCACAGCACAGAGGACACACCACGGUCCUUUUAGCAGAUGCAUAUGAAGACUACAAGGAAAACUUCCAGGAAUCUUUGAUAUACCUGAGGAAACUAGAAGACCAAAAUAAAAAAUGGCAAGGGGAUAUAAGAGAGAAAAUAACAAACUUUCAGUCUGAUAUUCUGCGUAAAAAAAAUUAUAUUGAGUAUAACUUUAAGAAAUUACACAUGAUUCUGCACAUGGAGGAGCAAUCUUAUCUCUGGAGACUGGAGGAUGAAGAAGAGCAAGUGCUGAAGAGGCUGCAGGACAGUGAAGCCCAGCUGGAGACGCAAAGCCAGGAACUGAACAAACUCAUCCUGGAGCUGGAGAGGAGAUGUCAGGGCUCAGCCGAGGAGUUACUGCAGGAUGUGACAGACACUUUGCACCGGAUCUUGACUAUGAGUAUAAAUGCACCAGAGGAUGUCUCCUUGGAUAUUCAAGUUAUGCCUGAUGUUGAUAGCAUUUUCUGUCAAUUGAUAACGUUGUUUGAGACUUUUAAGGUUAAGGUUACUCUAGAUCCAGAUACAGCUCACAAUGACCUGCAGGUGAACGAGGAAGAAAAUACAGUGAUUGGUGGAAGGCCACAAGAGAAGCAGGACACUCCCUUUAGGUUUAAAGACUUACCCUGUGUCCUGGGAUGUGAAGUCUUCACCUCAGGAAAAUAUUAUUUUGAAAUAUAUUUUAUAGGAGAAUCUGAUUGGGAUGUAGGAGUUUGUCUGGAAAAUGUGCCAAGAGACAGUUUAAUGAUACAGGAGCCUGAGACUGGAUUCUGGGCCAUCAGACAUUGUGAAAAUAAUGACAACGUAGCACUGACAUCUCCCACAACUCCUCUUUUUCUGGAAGACCUUAACUACAUAGGGGUUUUCCUAGACUAUGAGGCUGGACUUGUCUCCUUUUAUAACUUGGAAACUGGCUCCCACAUCUUCAGUUUCCCAAAGGCCUCUUUCCCUGAGCCUAUCAGGCCUUAUUUCUGUUCUUCAGUUUCCUUAAGAGGCCAGUAUAUGAACUGUGCCCUGGAUGUGCUCACAGGAUACAAGAAUCAGAAAGCAGUAACAGAGUGA